CACCUCGACCAGGAAGCCGGAAGUUGGUUCCGACACAAAACCGGAAAUUCCUUUUGUUGAUCAUCGAGACAUUUCUUUUUUCGGAUCGUUGUAGAAGUACUCAUUGUCAGAUUUCGACGGUUUCUGUUCUUAAACCGUUUGCUACAUAUUUGUUCGCCAUUAAGAGCGAUAAUAGUCAUAUUAGAGGGUUUCAUAUAGACGCCGCACUAGUGUCAAACUUGUAGUCGGCCCGGGGCUGGGCUAAGGUUAGCCUAGCUUUCAGCUAAAGACUCCGGCUAGCCGUCGUUAGCUAGUGAUAGCUGUCUUUCCAGCUGUCUCUCCAGCUGGCUUAUAAGUCAGCAGUUCUUUCUCCAUUAACUCGUUGAAUAAUAACGAUUAAAGAAACAUCUGCGAAACAUGGCAGUUGUCAACGAAGGCGCCCUGAAGAAAAUGCUAAAGCAAUAUAAAUACAGAGACCUGACUGUUCGUGAGAUAACCAAUGUCAUCUCCCAGUACAAGGACUUGAAGCCACUCAUGGAUGCGUACGUGUUCAACGAUGGCUCCACAAGAGACCUGAUGAGCUUGACGGGAACAGUCCCUGUAAGCUACAGAGGCAAUGUCUACAACAUCCCCGUGUGUUUGUGGUUGCUGGACACGUAUCCCUACAACCCUCCCAUAUGUUUCGUCAAACCCACCAGCGCCAUGAUGAUAAAAACUGGCAAGCACAUCGAUGCAAACGGCAAGAUCUACCUGCCUUAUCUCCACGAAUGGAAGCAUCCUCAGUCAGACCUGUACGGUCUGAUUCAGGUGAUGAUCGUGGUGUUUGGAGAGGAGCCCCCUGUGUUUUCUCGUCCGACCACACAAGCGCCCUACCAGGCCUUUCAAGCAGCCGGUCCUCCUAACUCCUCCUACAUGCCUGGCAUGCCUGCAGUCUCACCCUACGGACAGAAUCCUACCUCUGGGGGCUACCCGAGUUACCAGUACCCAGGAGGAAACUCUUACCCGCCUGCAGCCGGACCCGGACACUACCCCACUCAGACUCCGGUCUCCACAGUCGGACCGAGCAGAGACGGCACCAUCGGCGAAGACACCAUCCGCGCGUCUCUGAUCUCGGCCGUGAGCGACAAGCUGCGCUGGAGGAUGAAGGAGGAGAUGGACCGAGCUCAGGCGGAGCUGGACGCCCUGAAGCGGACGGAGGAGGACCUGAAGAAAGGCCACCAGAAGCUGGAGGAGAUGGUCUCCAGGCUGGACCAGGAAGUGGCGGAGGUGGACAGGAACAUCGAGCUGCUGAAGAGGAAGGACGAGGAGCUGAGCGAGGCCCUGGAGAAGAUGGAGAACCAGUCGGAAAACAACGACAUCGACGACGUCAUCGUGCCCACGGCUCCGCUCUACAAGCAGAUCCUGAACCUGUACGCCGAGGAGAACGCCAUCGAGGACACCAUCUUCUACCUGGGAGAAGCUCUGCGCAGGGGCGUCAUCGACCUGGAAGUUUUCCUCAAGCACGUACGCCUCCUGUCCAGGAAGCAGUUCCAGCUUCGCGCCCUGAUGCAGAAAGCUCGUAAGACGGCCGGACUCAGCGACCUCUACUGACCCGGUCCGACAGACCGGAGACCUCCUCGUCACGCUCUCCUCCUCCUCCUCCUCCUCCUCCUCCUCCUCCUCCUCCUGCUGGUUUCUUUCCUUUUCUUUUACCGUGUCUUUAUCAAUAGGCUGCUCCUUUUUUUAAAAAAAACUGGGAUGUUAACGUCUGUUCUUCUGAGACGGCAACAAAACGACGACAAAAAAAACCUGCGGCGCUGUUUGUGUUUUUUUGUCCGAACCAAACACUCCUUUGAGCCCAGACGCUCAAUGAAAAGCCACCGUGCAAACGCCGCAUAACACGAUGGUUAAAAAAAAAAAACAAACAAAAAGAAAUAGACAAGCCCUAUUGUGUGUGUGUGUGUGUGUGUGUGUGUGUGUGUGUGUGUGUGUGUGUCGCUGAGCCGCAGACUGAUCCACGGUUUCUCAGCCAGACAAACUCAUUUUGGCUUGUAAGCACAUGUGGAGAGGUGCUUCUGUCCUCACCCGAUGGAACGAAAAGGUGCGAUUGAGCCUUUUCAGGGAGUAACAAGGGUUUAGGCUCAGGGUUUAAUGCUGUAUGAGGUUUCUUUUUUUUUUUGGCCAUGGAGUCGCAGGGAAAGUUUUUUCUACAGCGGACGUGAAGAUAAAAACACGGACUCUCUCUCUCCGACUUUUCCCCUUUUUUUGUGAGUGUGGUUUCUUCGGGAUUGUGCGUCGGCUGCUCAGGUCUGGGCUUAUUUAAUUCUAGGCUGUUCUUGGAAACUCUGUCCUGUUCUUUUUCGUUCACUCUUCUGUUUCUCCCUGUGCUGACCGGAGUUUAGGUUUUCAGAUAAACCGCGAGCUGUUAGUGAAGUAGAGUGUUGGAGGGUACAAAAACAAAAAAAAACAAAAACUUAUUGUACUAAUCAAAAAAAGUUAACUUAUGUAAAGUUUGGUCUCUUAAAUUAGCUUUUUACUAAAUGCACUUUGAAAUGUAUCAUAGAAUAUCUGUUAUUUUUUUUUCUUGUUUUCAUUUCAGCAUAGACCACCUGUUCUUUUAUAUCUGUAGAUUUAUGUAAAUCAGUACAAAUAAAAUAAAUCUGAUUUAACGCGUCUUUGUGAGCAGUUUAAUGUAGAUUCCUAAUAGUUUUUGUAACUUAUUUCUGCUGCACAAACCACAGAAAGGAUUCACACUCGUUCUUAGUAAGAGAUGAACAUUAUUAUUUUAGUCGUCCGGUGCUGAUGUACGAACAAACAGUCAACGCUGGAAAUAUUUGGACGCAGUCGCAGUUUAUUUAAAAAGAACCAGUUCUUUAUCCCUUUAAUUUCACGAGCUCAAAUGCAUUAAGACAAAUUGUUUAUAGAUAAAACCCGAAGUCUGGGAAAAUAACUGGUCUCGUACUUUGUCAUGUUUUCCCUGGAAGUUUCUGUCUUUAAUUUAAUCUUCCAGUGAAAAAUGCAUCUUUAUCUUUAUUUAUUUAUUUACUGAGGAUUCCUGUUAGUUAGUACCGUAGUUACGAGCCAGUGUUCAUGAGCUCCAAGGAAAGAAUGAAAAGUACAAAACAGUCACAUCAUCUACAAUAUAUCAUGUUUACAGAUACAACUAUAAUGUUUAAAAGGUUAAAAUAAAGUUUUAAUAAUGUUUAAAUGGACGUAAUUUCUGGAAACACUUGCAUCAAACGUGCCAAAUUUUUGAUUUUUGAAAUGACUGUUUUUUUGGGUGUUUUUGAGAUAGUUUUGAUCAGCUGAUCCACGGCCUGUUUCCUGCUCAAGGUUUUUGGUCUCUUGAAUCCAUUUCAUCGUUUUGCAUUGCAUUUUGAAACUCUACUAUAUACACACACUACAGGCCAAAAGUUUGGAAGCAACUUCAAGUUUCUGUUCACAGUGUCUUUCUUAAAAACCAGCAUGAGUUCUAUGUUCUAUGACACUUUGCUUUUAUUGAUAUGAACCAUUCACCUCAAUUUACUUUUAGGUAAAUGUCAGCUAAAGAAAAGUAGAAGAGUUUAGUUUUAGGGUCGAGAAGAUUUGCAAGAGUCACAACUUCAGUGAAAAGGUAAAAAAAUAAAUCACAGUUUAUAUUAUUCACUUUAACUCUUUGGCUUUUUGAGAGUCUUCAUAUAAAUAUCUCUUUUAGAACAAAUCCCUCAUAUAUAACAUACUGAUGUUAAAGCCAGAGAGGAGGUUACUAUGAAGAAAGGAAAACUCAAAUAUCUGAUAAUUAUAGUAAAAAUGUCUCCUGAUAAAUUACUCUUUAUAUAAUAAUCUUGUUUAUUUUGUUGCAAAGUGAACCAACGAAACUGAUCUUUUCUGUAGUUUAUAUAUAUGAAUAUAUAUAUUCCUUAGUCCAUCCAUAUGUGUCUCUGUUAACACUAUUAUAUUUAUAUAUUUGUAUAACUAUUAUUUUAAUUUCACUGUCUAAACUAUAUAUGAACUAUAUCAGUACGUCUGCAUAUAUUUCACUUUAACUGUGUCUUUGAAAAGUGAGUUAAUAUCCUGCAUGAAUCCCAUUUAUCCGCCUCAUGUCGGUCUUUUAUCAACAGCUUUUAUAAAAUGCAUCUGUUUGUUUUUUUUGUUUUUUUUCCCCCAAACACAAGGAAGCACAGAAACAACAGAAACGACAGAGUUCCAUCAUUAUCCCGGCAGAUUUAAUUGAUGUUACAGCAAAUCAAAUCAACAUCCAGCUGCCAUGACGGGUUCGGUUCCUCGGUUUAUUCAGUGAGUGGUUGAUAAAUCCGUCUGGUAACGUUAACACAGCAUCGACAGCUAUAAAUACAGAUAACAGAAUAUAUAUAUUUAUAUAUAUGUAUAUAUUUGUCUGUUUUCGAGUGCCUGUUGGGGUAAAAUAAAUACAAAACAUUUAGGGUGCGCGAACAAACAACACCUCCAGUACUGAGAUAUUCUGUUAGGAUCCGUAAGCUGACGCUGGUUGACUCUGUCCCACCGGCUCCUCUGUCCAGUUUUUCCUGGAGUUAAACUACGGCCGGAUGUUUUAAUUGUCUGUCAGUGCACUUGUGGUUGGGUUUUAAUUGAAAAAGGCAGAUGUUGCACUUUGGUAGGCGGCAGUGUUGGUGUUAAGUGUCCUCCUCCUCAUAGAGAAUGGAAUGUCUCUAUAAUGCUCCGAAUAAUAAAAAUAAAAAUAA